AGAAUGGAAGGGAGAUGACUUGCCCACUGGCUUCUCGGAUAGUCAGCUCAAAUCCAGUCUGGCUUGGGAGACAGAGCUCUUCUGGAAUUUGCACUCAAAUUAUUUAAAAGAAUAUCAUCACCAGGAGUGAACUUGGGAUGCUAGCAAUUAAGCACUUCUCCUGUGGCCUGGCACUUCUGCUAGCAGUGGGCUCUAAGACCUGUGUGCGCCCCAUUGUCCUCUCCACACUGGACGCUUGUUCUGAUUGUCCUGGGCUUGGCCACAGUCUUCCACUUUACAUCUGUGGACGGGAAGUAUUUUUACAGCGUGUAAGUGCAUUGGGGGAGGUCGCCCCUCUGCUGCCGGAACCUGAGUUCCAGGCGCAUUGUGCCAAGCGGUGGUUAUUAUUUCCCCCAGAAUAAUGUCCUUUUUUUUCCCUCUCUUGCUUUUAACGUCCUGCCCUUGGCAUCUGUUCCAGGCAUUGUGGACGAACGGAGACUGUGUUCUGACAAUGGGUUAAAGCAAGCUCUUAUUGAAAAGCAUUCUCUACUUAAUUACGUUUCCUUCUUCUGGAAGCUAUUUUAAUUUUUUUUUUAUAAUCACAUGUUAAUUGUGUAUUAGCGGGGCCUUUCUGAUUAGUUGAAAACAUAAUGAAACCUUUGUAAACAACACAGAGAGAGAAAGAAAAGGGAAUGUGUGAAACAGAGCGGGUAGUGACGAGCCAGCUCCAAGAGGCCCAAAGAGCGACAUUUCUUGAUGCGGCAGAGGGAUGGAAAUUGUACCUGCAAGUCUUGCUUUGAAUUUGCAAGUCUCCCAGUUGCAGGGCCAAGUGGGACAAACAGGCCAGUGGUGGAGAGAGAGGUUCACAGAGUUUGCCCACCAGGAGUUGUGAGAUGGGACCCGGUAGUCCUGCCCCACUGGUCUGCAUCUACUCACACAUUCGUUAAUUCACCGCUGAACCAUUCUCGCGGCCAAUCACAAUUUUACUCUGGUUCCCUCCCUCCUUCCCUCAUUCAUUCAUUCAUUCAUUCAUUCAUUCACUCCAUGAUAGUCUUAGAGCAGGAGCUGUGUCUACAGAACAUUGACCGGAUGCAACCCCUCACAUGCCUUUUCUGCCGUCUUCCUUACAUCUUCAGUACAGGUAUUAGUUGCGUUGUGGCUGAGGAGACUAGAGCUCACUCAUUCAGAUUCAGCUAAGGAAAGGAAGCAAGUGAGCCAGGUCUGUUCCCCGCCCCCCACAAGUGAUUGGGGAUCCUGGCAUCUGUUGGGAUGGCAUGAUGCUCUAAGGAGUCAGUGAGUGAGUGUGUGUGUGUGUGUGAGUGUGUGAGUGUGUGUGUGUGUGUGUGUGUGUGUGUGUCAGGACGGAGAUGAGAGUUAGCCUGUGGCUGUCAUCAGAAAGUUUGCUGGUAUUGUUUUGUUUUCCACUUUUAAUGGGAGCCUUGUUUCUGGACAGAAGGCCUGAAUCUAAGUCCCUGUUGUGGCAAGCCGGCCCCAGAGCCCUGCUCUGUUCUCUAUUUAAAGGGCUGGGCUCACCAGGUUUUUUUUUUUUGCAGUUCCCAGGCUGUUAUUAGGGAAGCGUGGCUGGGGCGCUUCAAAUGAAAGUGCUACUGUGUGUGCGAGCCAGGUUCACCGUGCGCACUCCAAGGAAAUGCUGCCAAGACAGUCUUAUGAACAGGCGCCAAGCAAAACACGCGUGCUCCGUCCAGAGGAGCCAGCUCACUUCUGCAAAUAGAGGAAAAAUUGACUUUCUGAUUUGGAGUGUUUUUACAACUAAGAAGAAUCACUUCAGUGAUUGUUCUAAAAAUAGCCCGGCAGCAGCACACUCUGGAAGGCCCCGGGAUGGUAAAGAUGAGCCUUCCAGCUACAUUUGCACAACAUGCAAGCAGCCCUUCAACAGCGCCUGGUUCCUGCUGCAGCACGCACAGAACACACAUGGCUUCCGAAUCUACCUGGAGCCUGGGCCGGCCAGCACCUCGCUCACGCCCAGGCUCACCAUCCCGCCACCGCUCGGGCCGGAGACCGUGGCGCAGUCCCCACUCAUGAAUUUCCUGGGGGACAGCAAUCCUUUCAACCUGCUGCGCAUGACGGGCCCCAUCCUGCGGGACCACCCUGGCUUCGGUGAGGGCCGCUUGCCAGGUACGCCACCGCUCUUCAGCCCACCGCCACGCCAUCACUUGGACCCACACCGCCUCAGUGCAGAGGAGAUGGGGCUCGUGGCCCAGCACCCCAGUGCCUUCGACCGAGUCAUGCGCCUGAACCCCAUGGCCAUAGACUCUCCUGCCAUGGACUUCUCCCGGCGGCUGCGAGAACUGGCCGGCAACAGCUCCACGCCGCCGCCCGUGUCCCCAGGCCGUGGCAACCCUAUGCACCGGCUGCUGAACCCUUUCCAGCCCAGUCCCAAGUCCCCGUUCCUCAGCACGCCACCGCUGCCACCCAUGCCUGCGGGCACACCGCCACCGCAGCCGCCUGCCAAGAGCAAGUCCUGUGAGUUCUGCGGCAAGACCUUCAAGUUCCAGAGCAAUCUCAUCGUGCACCGGCGCAGCCACACGGGCGAGAAGCCCUACAAGUGCCAGCUGUGCGACCAUGCGUGCUCGCAGGCGAGCAAGCUCAAGCGCCACAUGAAGACGCACAUGCACAAGGCGGGCUCUCUGGCUGGCCGCUCAGACGACGGGCUCUCAGCUGCCAGCUCCCCUGAGCCGGGCACCAGCGAGCUGCCAGGUGACCUGAAAGCGGCCGAUGGCGACUUCCGCCACCAUGAGAGCGACCCAUCUCUGGGCCCCGAGCCUGAGGACGACGAGGACGAGGAGGAGGAAGAAGAGGAGCUGCUGCUGGAGAACGAGAGCCGGCCUGAGUCGAGCUUCAGCAUGGACUCGGAGCUGGGCCGUGGCCGCGAGAACGGAGGUGGCGUGCCACCGGGGGUGGCGGGCGCAGGGGCUGCAGCUGCGGCUCUGGCGGAUGAGAAGGCUCUGGCCCUGGGCAAGGUGAUGGAGGACGCAGGGCUGGGCGCACUGCCGCAGUAUGGGGAGAAGCGGGGCGCCUUCCUGAAGCGUGCAGGCGACACGGGUGAUGCCGGAGCUGUUGGCUGUGGGGACGCGGGUGCACCGGGUGCAGUGAACGGGCGCGGCGGGGCCUUCGCGCCAGGCGCAGAGCCCUUUCCAGCUCUCUUCCCACGCAAGCCAGCACCGCUGCCCAGCCCUGGGCUCGGUGGUCCCGCGCUGCACGCGGCCAAGCGCAUCAAGGUGGAGAAAGACCUGGAGCUGCCACCUGCCGCCCUCAUCCCAUCUGAGAACGUGUACUCGCAGUGGCUCGUGGGCUACGCAGCAUCGCGCCACUUCAUGAAGGACCCAUUCCUGGGCUUCACGGAUGCGCGCCAGUCGCCUUUCGCCACAUCGUCGGAACAUUCCUCUGAGAACGGCAGCCUGCGCUUCUCAACGCCACCCGGGGACCUGCUGGACGGCGGGCUGUCCGGGCGCAGUGGCACGGCGAGCGGGGGCAGCACACCUCACCUGGGUGGUCCGGGUCCUGGGAGGCCGAGCUCCAAGGAGGGCCGCCGCAGCGACACAUGUGAGUACUGCGGCAAGGUCUUCAAGAACUGUAGCAACCUGACGGUGCACCGGAGGAGCCACACCGGCGAGCGGCCUUACAAGUGCGAGCUGUGCAACUACGCGUGCGCGCAGAGCAGCAAGCUCACGCGCCACAUGAAGACGCACGGGCAGAUCGGCAAGGAGGUGUACCGCUGCGACAUCUGCCAGAUGCCCUUCAGCGUCUACAGCACCCUGGAGAAACACAUGAAAAAGUGGCACGGUGAACACUUGCUGACUAAUGAUGUCAAAAUCGAGCAGGCUGAGAGGAGCUAAGCGCAUACGUGGGGGACACUGCGUGCGUGCGUCUGUACAGCGUGACCAUCGCCAACCUUCGCCAACGGGACCGGUGACCGGACUGGCCUCUGCAUCCCCGGGGCCCAGGGAGGCGGCAGUCCAGCCUAACCUGUGUCUGCGAAGUCCUAUGGAAACCUGAGGGUUGAUUAAGGCAGUAAAAAAUUAAAAAAAAAAAAACAAAAAAACAAAAAAAUUUGUGGAGCCUUUUAACUGUGCAAUAAUUUCUGUAUUUAUUGGGUUUUGUAAUUUUUUUGGCAUGUACGUGCAGGUACCUAUUAUUAUUAUUAUUUCUGUUUAAAUUCCUUUAAAAGAUUUUGUUGAGUAUCCAUCCCUUCAUUUUUUUUUUUAAUAACCCAGUAGUAGUCUGAGCAAUGACUCGCAAGUGACGUAGAGGGAAGCUAUCUUUUAAAUUAUAAUUUUGUGUGUGUGUGUGGGGGGGUGCUGCUUUUUUGAAAUUUAAGCUAAGCAUGUGUAAUUUCUUGUCAAGAAGCCAACACUUAAAUGACUUUUAAAGUUGUUUGCGUUUUCAUCAUUUACUUUGUCCUGAAAUGAAAAGUGGCAUGUGGGAUUUUUUUCCGGGGGGGAGGGGUGGCUUUCAAAACCAUUUUUUUUUUCCGGGAGGUGGAUGUACAGCGGAUUACAAUCUUUAAAAUUGUAGCACUUUGUCUUAGCAUCGCAUUGGAGAGUUAGCACUGAUGUCCUCCUGAGCCACAGAGGCGUCUCUGUGUGGAAUUCAACUUUCAUGCUAUGGAAGGAAAAUGUUGAGGGGGGCGUGGCAAACGAGCCUCUCCCCCACUUGGGACCCCGAGAAUCUUUUCCAGGGUGACUCUAGGAACAGCCCCCACAUCCUGCAAUUGUGUGUUACCAGGAGAUAUGAUAAUGUCCUUUUCUGGGGGAGCUUGGCGUAUUGGGAAGCCGCCUCUGCCCUUUGCUGUAGAUUUGGCUGCAUAAAAUGGGCCGAGGAUACCCACUGGGUAGACAGCUGUGGCCUGUAGUGGCGGGAAAGAAGAGACUAACAAUGUUCUCUCAGGCUUCUCCUGGCAAGAUGGCUUCUCUUUUCAGCCCCCAGCCUACAGAUAAAUCCCAGGUGUCCAUUGCUACAGUGGUAACUUGACUGUGUCCCAAGCAGACAACUGGCCCUGAUGGUGAACUGGAGAAGUUAGCUGCGGGGUCGCUCAUCUCACGCUGAUGGGCACUGUAGGGCAAAGGAAUCUCACCCGUUCUCUCUUCCCGGAGGAGCUGGUAAGAGUUCUGUCCAAGGUGCCCCACGCUGCUUCCGUUUCUGUGUUUUGUCUUUUCCUUCCUCCAAUUAAGUUGGGACAUACUAUACAUUGGACUUGUUGGGAUUUGAUGUUUGAAUUCUGUUGACCCGCACUUUAAAGCUUUUGUUUGCAUUUAAAUUAAAUGGCUUCUAAACAAGAAAUUGCAGCAUAUUCUUGUCUUUGGCCCAGAGGUGGGUUAAACUGUAAGGGACAGCUGAGAUUGAGUGUCAGUGUUGCUAAGCGUGGCAUUCACAAUACUGGCACUAUAAAGAACAAAAUUAAAUAAUUUAUUGGACAGUUUCUCUACUGCCAUUCAAUUUGAUGUGCGUGCCUUGAAAACCGAUCUUCCUAUUUGAGUCUCUUGAGACAAAUGCAAAACUCUCUUUUUUUUUUGAGAUGAAAAAAAAAAAAGACUUUUUAAAAAGCAAACAAGAGAAGUACAUUCUUUAGAAACAAAGCCACAUUUACUUUAAAUUAAAAAAAAAAAUCCUGGUUGAAGAGAGAGGACGGGAAAAUGCCAUAAGACCAGUCAAAUGAAGAAAUAAACCCAGCACAGCCCUGGACAUCUAUUAGCAGAAUCGUUUUCAGACCCCCCUCCCCCUUUUUUGGGGCAACGCUGCUUAGAUAUGGAGUGGAGGUGACUUACUGCUGAAUUAAAACUCACGUGACACAAGCCGAUAUUGUUGAAUGAAAAAACAAACAACAACAACAACAACAAAAAACAAUUCAGGAACAAUGGCUGAUUUUUUUUUUCCUCCUAAAUUUAAAUUUAGUGCACUCUGUCUUAAAAAUACGUUUACAGUAUUGGAUACAUACAAGGGUAAAAUAAAUCGUGUGUAUGUGUGUUGGAGCGAUCUUUUUAUUUUAUUUUAUUUUCAAAGUCUGCUUAAUAGGUUAUACAGAAUGCCACAAUGGCUAGGUGUAUAUUGUUUUCUUUUGGUGAUGGGGUUUUAGUAUACAUUAUAUAUAUUGAAAUUUCUUGAUUACUGUCAAAGUGGACCAGUAUUUGUAAUAAUUGAGACUGCCUGGGCAUUUUACAAAAUGAGAAGAAAAAAAAGUCCUUUUUCUUUUCCUUGAAACCGUUACAGUAAGUUUUAAAUGGUGGGUCUAUAAAAUCUGCUCUGUCACAGCAACCUGUAAAGUCGGAGUUUUAGUAAAUUUUUUUCUGCCUUGGGUGUUGAAUUUUUAUUUUGAAAACAAAAUGUAUAGAAACUUGUAUUUGGGGUUUAAAGGGGGAUUGCUGCAAUGUGUAGAAAAAGUAUGUAGAGAAAGUGCUUAAUAUUGUUACUGCUUUGCAGAAGAAGAAAAAAAAAAUCACACUUCUGACCUGUGCGUAUUUUUCUCUCCCACCUCCCUCUGGAAUGGAUCUAUUGGUCGGUUCAUAUGAUGUAGGCUCUCGCUGUAUUUUUAACUGGAGCUUGUAAUUUUUUAACUGUAAGCUUGUCCUUUUAAAGGGAUUUAAAUGUACCUUUUUGUUAGUGAAUUUGGAAAUAAAAAGAGAAAAAAAAAACAAAAACAAACAGGCUGCCAUAAUAUAUUUUUUUAAUUUGGCAGGAUAAAAUAUUACAAAAAAAAAAUCCCCCACAAAACAACAAACAAACAAAAAUCCCACCCACAUUUGUAUGUUAAGUCCUCUUGUAUGGGGUGGGGGGAGGGUUGUUUGACAACCUUCAAGAGAAAAAGACACAGAAAGAGACAUGCUUUGAUUCACAAGUCAUUUUAGUUGUAUAUAGUCUGUCAGAAUUGGCCUACUCAAAAAGAACUGUUGGCUUUGGGCUUUCAUUCGAAUGCCCCAACUUUGCAUCUGGCCUCCUUGGUGAGGCCACAGCCGACUUGAUGGCAAGUCCUUACUUGUGUUGAGUGGAGAAAAGAAAGCCCUUCCUCCAAGAGGCAGUCUAUAAGAUGGUAGCGCGGUGAGAGAGCAAGGGAGGUUACCUUCUCCGCUGUGGCUACUGCGGCCACCCCCUCCACCCCCUGGCCACGCUCAGGAGCAGAGAGAAUCGACAGCUGCUUUUGUCCUUGAGCAAACCUGGAUGGAGCAGCGAAGCUUCUGAGAGGAGCAGCUGGGCCCAGGGGAGCCUCUGCCACUGAGACUGGUGCAGGCGGGACAGAGGAGAGCCUUGCACGCAGGUCCUGUUCCCUUGGAAUGUCUGCUCCAUUUUCCCCCUCUGUCUCUCUGCUUUUCUCUGCAAUUCCAUCCGUUUCAGACCAGUGAGGCCUGGAAUGAAGGAAUUCUGUGCCUUCCCAUCUAUGUUCCCUCCGUCCUCCCCAGGCUCUGCCUACUCUUUGUGGACUCCUCUUUAAUUUUCUUCCUCCUUUGCCCCCUCUCCCCAAACCCUCUUUUCUCUUCCUUUCUUCUCUCCUUCUUUUCUUCCUCCUCCUCCUCUUUUCUCCUCCUCCUCCUCCUCCUCCUCCUCCUCCUCCUCCUCCUCUUCUUCUUCUUCUUCUUCUUCUUCUUCUUUUUCUUCUUCUCCUCCUCCUUCUUCUUCUUUUUUUUUUUUUUGUAAAGCCAAGUAGCUUUAAGAUAAUAAAAUGGUUGUUUAUUGGAUGAGGGAAUAAUGAUACACUCCACAAAUACCUAUAUCAGGAAGCCAUUUUUUUUUAAUUUCAGGAAAUGUAAGAAACCAUCAUUUCAGGUUAUGAAAGCGUGAUUGUGCAUCUUUCCAGGCAGAUCUUUACUAAAUGCAGAGUCUGUCUCACUGUUUCCCAUUUGACACAGUUAAAAGAUGGGGGCCUAGUGGGAGGCCAGGCCUAAGUCUCAGUGUCCUGCAUGCCUGCCCUACGGCCCAGGGUUACCCUGCCCUUUUGACACCCUGCCUCUCUGCUACCUGGGAGCCUCUGUGUGGUUCUCCUGUGCUCAUAAAAGCUAGCCAGUGCUCACCAGCUCACCUAUCACCAGAAUGCCAGGACUAAGCCAUCCUAAAGCACAAGGACUUGUGUGUCUCUGUCAACUGCAGAGAGAAGAGGAUUUUUGCUUCUCUUAUCAAAGAGAAAAAUCAACCAACCAACCUACCCGAAGCAGGUGACCCAGCCUAAGGGCUCUACCGCGGGUGACCCAGCCGACCUCAGGUCGGGUUCCACACUGCCACAACUUUACCCAAAGUUGCUCCCUAUUGGAACCUGCCACUUGCCAUUGGAGGGUCAUGGGGGGGUGGGGGGAGAGGAGACUGGAUUACUCGAAGCAAAAUGUGAACCCUGAAGCGAACACAGCCUUCCACCUGGCCCUCCCCGUCCGAGGUUUGAUUCCGUGAUUUUGGUGCUUUCUGUGUCUGCCCUGCAUAGCCAAGGCACAUUGAUCUCUGCGGUUUGCUUUUGUACUGGCAAGGCGGAAUAUUUUUAUUACCUUUUCUAUUACGUAUCGUAUGAGCUUUUGUUGUUUGCCUAGAGGGUUUGUCUCUUACAGCAAGUUUGGAGCUAUUUAUUAUUGCUUGGUAUUUGUGCUCUGCUUUUAAGAAUGGGCACUUGGUUUUAUUUUUGUUUGUUUGUUUUUUUGUUGUUUUUUAAUUAUGGAUAAAAUGUUGAGAUGACAAAAGGUCAUUUCAAUAUGGCUUAGUAAAAAUAUUUAUUGUUUCUUCUCUGUACAAGAUUUUGGGCCUCUUUUUUCCCCCUUAAUGUCACAAUGUUGAGUUCAGCAUGUGUCUGCCAUUUCAUUUGUUCAAAACCAAGUUUGUUCUGGUUUCAAGUUAUGAAAAUAAAUUGGGACAUUUAACUUGA